AUGAAGAUCAAGACAAUAAGCAGAAGUGCAGACGAUUAUGUGCCCGUUAAAAGUACACAGGAGUCACAGCUUCCUCGUAACCUUGACCCUGCACUUCAUCCCUUCGAAAGGGCUCGUGAAUACACUAAGGCUUUGAACGCUACAAAGAUGGAAAGAAUGUUUGCGAAGCCCUUUAUUGGUCAGUUAGGAUACGGGCAUAGAGACGGUGUUUACACUAUUGCUAAAAACUACCAUGCGCUAAACAAACUGGCUUCGGCUUCAGCAGAUGGUGUGGUAAAAUACUGGAACAUGUCUACUAGAGAGGAAAUAUGUUCUUUCAAAGCUCACUACGGGCUAGUGCAUGGCCUAUGUGUUACCCCACAGCAUCUUUCUGCGAACAAGAACGAAAAUUACAUGCUUUCGUGCGGUGACGACAAAACUGUAAAAUUGUGGUCAGUGAACACUGAGGACUUCUCUUCGUCUAAGAAUGACGAAGAACAAAGCUCUACUGACGGACUGAUCAAGACUUUCCACGGUGACUAUGCUUUCUUGGGCAUCGAUCACCAUAGAUCGAAGCCAUAUUUCGUAACAGCCGGUGCAGAGAUAAAUCUAUGGGACAGUUCAAGAUCGAGACCUACUGCUAAUCUAUCUUGGGGUGCUGACAACGUAUCAACGGUUAAAUUUAACCAAAAUGAGACUGACAUAUUUGCAAGUGCAGGUAGCGAUAACUCUGUUGUUCUGUAUGAUCUAAGAACUAACUCACCAACGCAAAAGUUCACUCAAAGAAUGAGAACGAAUGCUUUAUGCUGGAAUCCCAUGGAAGCUUAUAACUUCGUUGUUGCAAGUGAAGAUCAUAACGCUUACUACUAUGACAUGAGGAAUCUCUCCCGCGCACUUCACGUUUUUAAAGAUCACGUUAGCGCGGUUAUGGACGUUGAUUUUUCCCCUACUGGUGAUGAAAUUGUUACUGGGUCUUACGAUAAGACUAUUCGAAUUUAUCAAGUGAAGCAUGGUCACUCCAGAGAGGUCUACCACACUAAGAGAAUGCAGCACGUCUUCCAAGUGAAGUACAGCAUGGAUAGUAAGUACAUCAUGAGCGGUUCGGAUGACGGAAAUAUCAGAAUGUGGAGGGCCAAGGCCUGGGAAAGAUCAUCGGUCAAGACAACUCGUGAGAAGAACAAAUUAGAGUACGACGAAAAGUUGAAAGAGAGAUUCAAGUACAUGCCCGAGAUCAGCAGGAUCAGCAGGCAUAGGCAUGUUCCUAAGGUGGUGAAGAAAGCACAGGAAAUCAAAAAUAUUGAAAUCGGCAGCAUGAAGAGGAGAGAGACGAAUGAGAGAAGGACUAAUAAGGAUAUGGCCUUUGUCCCCGAACGGAAGAAACAAAUUGUUGGCGUGGUACAUCAAUAUCAAGACAAUAAGCGUGAAAAGAGCACAGAUGCCGACCAAGAAGAUUAA